AAAAUGAAAACAUGGACCAGACGGAGCAACGAAACAUUAUCAGUCAGACAGAGAACUGGGUACAGGAACAACAAAAAACAUUUCAGUUUGUAAACACCAAGGCCUUUCGCGAUGCAAAAGAAAAAAUCAAACAGACAAGGUUUGUGGUUAUAAGGGGAGACUCUGGGUCGGGGAAGACACGUUUAGCCUCUGAACUUUUAGAUUGGCUUCAUUCUCCAGCACAAAAGCAAGUAUUUCACUGCAAGAAACCCUUACGUCUCCCAAGCCUUCAGCGCUGGGAUCAGGGUCAUUUCAGCUAAUUCAAAUCUUGCCAUUUUAUUGGAUGAUCUGUUAGGCUACAGUUCUGAUGUACUGCAGGAUUUGACAUGGUGGAGACAACAUGCCGACAUUAUCAAAUCAAUCGUAGUGGGGAAGGAUUUAGCAAAUUAUUUGAUCAUUACAUUAAGAAAUGACAUAUAUCACGAGUACAAAUCUAAGCUUGGUUGUUUCUCACUGUUUGAUGAUGAGAAUGUCAUUGAUCUCAGCUCUUCUGAUUACAUUUUAGAGGAGGAAAGAGAAAAGCUGCUAAGCAUAUAUACACAGACGAUAGAUAAUUUUCGACCAUUUUCAGAAAAUGAGAUUCGUCAAAUAGUUGCUGCUUCUCCGCCAAUUGGAUUUCCUGAAUGCUGCCGUAUAUUCAGAAUAACUCCAGAUUUGCAUCCAAAGAGAGCGGGUUAUUUCAUAAGACCAUUAGAGAGCAUUAGAACAGUGAUAAAGGAGAAGUUCAGCAAAGCAAAACAAACUGCGUUGUUGUAUCUUUUGCUAUCCCGAGAACCUGUCUCAACAAAACGACUUGAUUUUCAAAAUGAAUGUUUUGACAAAGAAGGGAUAGCACAUGUAUUCAGCGUGGCAUCCCAUGUCUUUCCUGAUUCAAAUAAAAAUGCUGAAUCACUUGAAGCACAACCUCAGUGUCUGCAGCGUGGCCUUAAUAUUUUAUGUGGUUCUUUUGUACGUAAAGAGAAAGGCAUCUUUAAAUUCUUCCAUGACUCUAUACAAGACGUUACUGCUAUCCUCUAUGGGGAAGUGACGCCAAGUGGUUUCCUUAAAGACUGCCCCUGCAGUUGUUUACACUACGUAGCAACAAGUAAAUGUACAGAUGUACUAAAUAAGGUAGUGAUAGAUGAGAACAUCUAUGAAAUCGCUUACCAGCGCAUAUUGCGAGAACUUGAAUCAAAACAACACUCAAGUUACGUGGCAGUAGCUUCCAUGUCGCUAUGGAAUGACAAAGAAUUUAUCACUGGAUUUUUAAAUUGGUUCAAAUCAAAGAAAUAUUCCGCAAAAGAGUAUUUCAUUACAUUUAACACAACCAUUCCACUGAUAAUAUCUUUGAGUCACGUAAUGGUUAUUGAAAGUGAUCAGUUGAUAUUUUUGGCUGAAAAUUUGGCUCGAGAAAAUAACAGCUGCUUUCUUAUCUACGCUGCUAAGAUGAAUGCAGUUUUACUCCUUAGCCAUUUAAUGCAAAUCUUAAAGAUACAAGAGUUAACCAGCCAUAUGAAAUAUGCACUAGAUGUAGCACUCUUAGAAGGAAAUGUUGACUGUUCAGCAUACCUUCUUAAACAAAACAUUGAACCAGAUUACAGGUCAUAUCUUUGUGCUGCACGAGGUGGCAAGGUCGAAAAUUAUGAAGAUGCUAGAUAUAUCAAAACCACUCAGUAACAGCCAAAAGUGGGAAAUUUUCCGUGAGGCAUGCAUUUAUGGUCGGCAUGAUAUAUGUGCAUACCUUUCCGAACUUUUCCAGGUCCAGUUGUUACAAGUGGACAAACGCGAAUAUGGUCAUUGUUUACAACUUAUUGCAAUAAUUGGAUCAGUUGAAUGUUUUCAAAUAGCAGCCAGCUUCUUCAUUCAGGACUGUCAAAGUGAUGAGGAGCGAAAACUAUCAUUUAAAACAUUAACGGAUGAACUCGGUUCUAAUGUAUUGCAUAUGGCAAUUCUAGCAAGACAAAGACAGAUGAUACUGUAUCUAAUGAAACAAUAUCACUACCUGUUAAGACAAAAAAAUCUUAUCGGUGCUAGUGGUCUGUCAUUGAUAGCAAACACUUGUAUGCUUGGUAUACUCACACAGAGGGACAUUGAAAGCGUUUUCAAGAGUAUGUGUCAGAACGGCAUGACGGAAUCGCUGAUAGAUGAAGACGGUAAAACAAUUUUACUUUGGGCGUGCUCUUCUGGAAACGAAGAGCUAUGUGUAAAACUAUUACCCAUAAGUCCGGCGAAUUUACUUAAAAAUCGCAAUGGCAUUAGCUGUCUACAUCACAUUGCUUGUAGUGGCAAAAUCGAAUGGUUUAAAGCAGCAACUGCUUUAAUAAUUAAAAAUCAAAAUAACCUAGACAUUGAGAAAUUACUGGAAGACAGUAAUGGGUUCACAGCAUUGCAUUAUGCCUGUGUGAACGGACACAGAGUCAUGAGUUCUUACUUGAUAACAAAAUAUCCCAGAUUGAUUCAUAAAAAAGACCAAAUUGAUCGCCACUGCCUUCAUUUCAUUGCAAUGUCCGGCAAUGUAGAGAGUUUUCAAUCAAUAGCUGCUUUAGCACUCAGAGAUAUGAACGACAAAGAAAGACAACUGUUCAUUGAGACUCUGAUAGACAAAAAUGGAUUGACAGUUCUAAAUUAUGCCUGCUCGAAAGGACACAGAGAUAUAAGCGUAAACUUGAUCGAAAAAUAUCCUCGAUUACUAAAUCAAAAAGACGAAAUUGAUCACCACUGCCUUCAUUACAUUGCAAUGUCCGGCAAUGUAGAGUGUUUUCAAUCAAUAGCUGCUUUUGCUCUCAAAGAUAUGAACGACAAAGAAAGACAACGGUUCUUUGAGACUCUGAUAGACAAAAAUGGAUGGACAGUUCUACAUUAUGCCUGCUCGAAAGGACACAAAGAUAUUAGCGUCAACUUGAUCGAAAAAUAUCCUCGAUUACUAAAUCAAAAAGACAAAAUUGAUCACCACUGCCUUCAUUUCAUUGCAAUGUCCGGCAAUGUAGAGAGUUUUCAAUCAAUAGCUGCUUUUGCUCUCAAAGAUAUGAACGACAAAGACAGACAACGGUUCAUUGAGACUCUGAUAGACAAAAAAGGAUGGACAGUUCUACAUCACGCCUGUUUCAAAGGACACAGAGAUAUUAGUUUCCACUUGAUCGAAAAAUAUCCUAGAUUACUUCAUCAAAAAGACCAAAUUGAUCAGCAUUGCCUUCAUUUCAUUGCAAUGUCCGGCAAUGUAGAGUGUUUUCAUUCAAUAGCUGCUUUAGCUCUCAAAGAUAUGAACGACAAUGGAAGACAACGGUUCAUGGAGACUCUGAUAGACAAAAAAGGAUUGACAGUUCUACAUCAUGCUUGUUUCAAAGGACACAGAGAUAUUAGUUUCCACUUGAUCGAAAAAUAUCCUAGAUUACUUCAUCAAAAAGACCAAAUUGAUCAGCAUUGCCUUCAUUUCAUUGCAAUGUCCGGCAAUGUAGAGUGUUUUCAAUCAAUAGCUGCUUUUGCUCUCAAAGAUAUGAACGACAAAGAAAGACAACGGUUCUUUGAGACUCUGAUAGACAAAAAAGGAUGGACAGUUCUACAUCACGCCUGUUUCAAAGGACACAGAGAUAUUAGUUUCCACUUGAUCGAAAAAUAUCCUAGAUUACUUCAUCAAAAAGACCAAAUUGAUCACCAUUGCCUUCAUUUGAUUGCAGAACUCGGCAAUGUAGAGUGUUUUCAAGCAAUAGCUGCUUUAGCUCUCAAAGAUAUGAACGAAACAGAAAGAGAAUUAUUCAUGGAGAGUCUGAUAGACAAAAAUGGAUGGACAGUUCUACAUGUUGCCUGUUUAAUAGGAAACAAAGAUUUUUGCCUAGAAUUGGUUGAAAAUUUUCCUAGAUUGUUUUCACAAACAGACAAAAUUGGCCGGCACUGCCUUCAUUUGAUUGCCCAAUUAGGCAAUGUAGAGUGUUUUCAAUCAAUAACUCUUUUAGCCCUCAAAGAUGUGAACGAAACCGAAAGAGAACAAUUCCUGGAGGCUCUUGUAGACAAUAAAGGCUGGACAGUUCUAUAUCAUGCCUGUUUGAAUGGACGCACCGAUUUGUGCUUGAACUUGAUCGAAAAAUAUCCUAGAUUAUUUUCACAAAGGGACCAAAUGGAUCGGCACUGUCUUCAUCUCAUUGCAAUGUCCGGCAAUGUAAAGUGUUUUCAAUCAAUAACUCAUUUGGCCCUCAAAGAUAUGAACGAAGCAGAAAGAGAACGAUUCCAGGAUGCUCUUGUAGACAAUAAUGGCUGGACAGUUCUACAUUAUUCCUGUUUGAAUGGACGCAACGAUUUGUGCUUGGACUUGAUCAAAAAAUUUCCUAGAUUAUUUUCACAAAAGGACCCAAUGGAUCGGCACUGUCUUCAUCUCAAUGCAAUGUCAGGCAACGUAAAGUGUUUUCAAUCAAUAACUCUUUUAGCUCUCAAAGAUAUGAACGAAACAGAAAGAGAAUUAUUCAUGGAGACUCUGAUAGACAAAAAUGGAUUGACAGUUCUACAUUUUGCCUGUUUGAAUGGACGCACCGAUUUGUGCUUGGACUUGAUCGAAAAAUAUCCUAGAUUAUUUUCACAAAAGGACCCAAUGGAUCGGCACUGUCUUCAUCUCAAUGCAAUGUCCGGCAAUGUAAAUUGUUUUCAAUCAAUAACUCGUUUAGCUCUCAAGAUAUGA